GACGGAAGUGAAUUGUUUUCUCAAAAAAGAAAUAUUUUUAUAUUCUUCACUAUACAUUUUUGUUGUGAAUAAUUUCAAAACUGUUGAGCAUGAUUCAUAGUUCGGAUAAAAUUAUAGCAUUUUCUAACAUUUUGGAACUUUUUGGUGAUUGCGUUGUCGCGCCAAACUAGCCGGAAGUAAGAAUUUAAAUAAACAUUGGCGGGAAAAUGUUAAACGCUCGCUUUGUUUCAACAUUUCCCUUGGCUGAAGUUAGUGAAAAGGAUAAUUCGAAGCCAUUUCUUGGAGCCGAAGAAAGAAAAGAAUGAGCUUUGAAAAUCAUCGAUGGAGACAGAUUGUCUGAGCAGUGGUGUAUUGGUUUCAAAUCUCUAUGGCAACACGGAGGUACAGCAUAGCUCAGAUGAUGUGCGAGAACUUGGAACAACCGACAGCAAUUCCCAGGUUUAUAGAUGUUUUGAGGAGAAACAGCACCAUAUGCCUUGUAAUAGCCUGAGGCAAACUGAAAAAUGUCCAGCCAUCCAAGCACAAGAGUAUGACAACAUGUCAUUCACAAGCUCCCAAGAGGACCCUGAAGUAACUGCUGUAGUCAUACAACAGUUUGAUUACUUGUUACAUCAGAGAGUAGAUGUUGAGAUGGAAUUGUUCAAGGAAAGCAUUCACCGCAUAAUUUCUGAGCAGCACCUGCAGUUCAGAGAAGCAUUCAAUCUGCCAGAGAUCAAUGGUGUUCAGCAAACAGAGCCUAUGCAUGUCGUCCCUCAGUCAAAUCACUGUGAAGACACAAGUUCAGCAGUCUCAGAUGAGUGUCAGGUGGUAACUUUAGAAGACAAGUCUGAUACUAGUGAUGGGUGCCUUCAGCAUCAUCUAGGUAACGCGGAUGAACAGGUUCUCCGAGCCGGCUGUGAAGAAUACACCUGGGAUGUGGCGGAAAGGUCUCAUAGCAUCGCCACGUCUUUACAGCAAGAUCUAAGAUAUGAACAAUAUCAGUUGUGCGAAAUGACAGACACCUCCCCAGAAUGCCGGCCGCCCGAGCAGACGGUAGAUCAAGCGCUGAAUACAUGCUUACUCAGAAUGAUGACAUCGUCUUCAGUCAUAUCAGAGACUCUCAGAAGGCAAGAAUUCGCUCCAUGAUAAUCUGGAUUUUGCUUGUUAUAGGUUCUAGGAGAUUCCUAGAAGGCCUUGUAUAGAUGUCAUAAGUGACCAGGCCUUAAGCAGGGGCGGAUCUAGCUAAAGGGGGGGGGGGGCUGGUUUACAUAUGGCUUUCUGGCAGCCCAAGGGAAGGGGGAGGUUAAACCCCCUAACCCCUCCCCCUUCCCCUAGAUCCGCUACUGUUGAGUCAGUCAGAUGAUCAGAAUUUGAAUCUUGGCAAAUCUUAGUUCAACGGAGCCACGGAUUGUCUUGGCUGUUCUAAGAAUGCGGGAGAUUCUUAUAAUUUAACUUCUGAUCGUGAACAAGCCUUCCACGUGAUCAAAGCGGUGCCCCUUAAAUCAAAGGGCAAGAAUGUUACUCUUAGAUUGUCUUAGAAGGUCUUGUACAUAAGCAAAGCGUCUUUCCUGUAUCUUGGACCAUACUAUAGUCUUGAAUAUUCAAGAAAAUAUACUAGACUAAUUGGGAAACAAUGAUGGUGUAAAGAGGUUUAUGGUUUUAAAAUAAAAUAUCAUCUUUAUUAAA